GCUCAAUCUCAUACAUCAAUCCUCUUUGUCGGCCUUGCACCCAGACAGAAGCCCCUCCCCGCUCCACUUCCACCUCCUCCCGUUUCUUCACCCUCUCAAGUUUUAUUUAUUCAAGUUGGACAACUCGAUACCGGUGCCCACUCCCCCCACCGCCUCGACACCCACUUUGCCGCUCGCAACCCUUCACCCCCCAAUACACCAGUCACCAUUACCUCCACAAUUUCCUCUGUCCCUCCGUACCACCCCACCUGGGCCGCCGGUGCGACUGGCAUGAGAGACAUGAACAUCAUCAUACCAUCUUUCCUCCCAGGUACGACACAAACCAGCCCGACCAAGGCGACCUCGGGCAUCUCAAACGGCCAGCGGCAGCGAGCAUCAACGGCGUGCCUUCAGUGUCGCCGUCUGAAAUCGCGCUGCAAGCGUGGGCCUGACCCCACCAAGCCGUGCGAGCGCUGCACGUCGCUGGGCACAGAGUGCGAGGUGGUCAAGAGCCGCAGAGGACGCGUCUUGGGUUCCCGCAACAAGCGGACUGGGCUUGAAAAGUCGCUGGCGCACGUUCAGGCGGCGCUCGACAGGAUACGUGAGGAGGCGGACCAGUUCAAGACAACGGGAGCGCCAAAUCUACCUGGUGGCCCUGAGACAAAGCCAGCCCCGCCGCCUCCGGCGGUCAUGCCCAACCUCGCCGGCCUCAAACGACGUCACUCGGAGAGCGAAAUUGACGACGAGGGCGACGACGACGAGGGGAACAGUUCACCGGAGAGCAGCAAGCGCCAGAUGCUUGAGGGUGACCAGGCCAUGGAGGGCGACUAUGAUGGCAUUGACGACGCGCCUGUGCUUGCAGUCGACGAGCUCCCGCUCGAGUCGACGAGGCCAUCCCCCGAACCCGAGCUGCCAAAGAAGGAGGAAACCGACCACCCCCUCGGGCUUCUCUCAAACGUCGGUAGCAGUGCCCUGCGCCUGAGUGUGGGCACACUUCCCGAAACCCCUUCGUUCCAGAUUACACCUGAUAGCGGCAUCGAUUUCGCCAGCAGCACCGGUGUGCCCACUGAUGGGCAGCGUCAAGUGCUGCCUGGUUGGACCCGCGCGCAGCUGCAGCGAGCCGCAAACACCAGGAGCGCCUACUUCCGCCACCGGCCCGGAGCCGUCAAGCGCGACGUCUCACCCCUCCUCGACCCCAUCACGCGCCGCUUCGUGACCGAGGAGCGCGCCGAGUGGCUCCUGCAGCAGUGGCACGUCCACUGGGAGCCGCAGAUGGGCUCGCUCGACCCCAAGAUCUACACCCUCGCAGCGAUGCGGUCGCGCUCCGCGCUCCUCACGACAUCCGUCCUGGCUACUGUGGCCAUGAUGACCGAGUUCCCCGGCUCCAGGGAGCUCGCCCUCGUGCUGUACAAGCACGCGCAGAGCCUGGUCGUGACCAUUGUGUCGCGAAACGCCAAAUCCACCGAGAUUGUCAAGGCCCUCAUGAUCCUCUCGCUCUUCCCCCGCUGCCCCGAGCGUCUGGUCGACGACCGCGCCCGCACCCUCAUCUCGUUUGCUGUCAACAUGGCCCUCGAUCUUGGCCUCAAUCGGGAGCGACCAUGCCACGAGCAGGACGAGAUUUCUCAGCGCUGGCACAGGGACAAGCUUCGUGCAUGGUAUGCUGUGAUUAUCCAAGACCGCUCCAUGGCGGCAUUCUCGGGCAAGCCGACCAUGAUCAAAACAGACGUCGAUAUGGCAGAGAUGAUGCGCUGGCUCGACAGCCCGUAUGCCAGCCAAACCGACCGCAUGCUCAUUGGCUACAUCGAGCUACGCUUGAUCGAGCGGGAUGCCCGCGAGAGACUUGCAAAGGCCACGCGACCCUACAUGGUCGACAGCAUUAGGCUCAGCGCAGAGGUCAUGCUUGACGGUUGGGUGCGCACAUGGGUCACCCCCCAGAUGAUGGCAGAAACGCCUCUAUCUGGCAACGCCAUGCGCUUCCUUGCCCACCACGUCCACCUGCUCAUCACGACGGCCUCUGAUGCACCCAAGUCGGAACUGCUGGAAAUCGCCCGCUCCUCGAUCGAGUUCACAUAUGCUGAGAUUGGCCCUGAGCUGCGUUACAUCUGCCGCACAAUCAUUGGCAUGAUUACCUGGUCAGCUGUGCUUUUGAUGAGGCUUGCACCCGAGGAGAACUCGAACCUCGUACGCGACCUCGCACUGUUGAUGGCACCAUAUGGCGACGGGCGAUUCGAAACCUAUCCCCAGUUCUACGGCUCGUUCCUGCUGAGCCUCGUGUUUGACACGCCGGCCCUGUCACCAACAUCGACAACGUUCAGCGCACCGGCUUCGGCCCGCCCCAGCAUUGCCCGCCAGCCCGGAUACACCAUGAGCCACCCAUACGACCCCAACGGGCACGACGCCAAGCACCCCGAGGGCAUGGCCAUGCCUAUGGGUAUGCCGCCCGGGUCAGCACCGGGCAUGCCAAUGCCUAUGGGCGUCGACACAUCACCCAUGACCACCUCGUCGGGCCACAUGGUGACCCGCCCCUCAAGUGGGCAGGCGCCGAUGUGGGGCGAGGUGGGCGGCGACACGCUGCAGCUGCAGAUGCUGCUCGGGUUGGAGAACUCUACGGGGAUCGAGCUCCCAUGGGACGUGCCACCGCACGCCAACACGACCAGCGAUACCGGUGUGGUCGUGAGCCCACCGCUCGAGUGGCUGUUCAACGACGCCGGUGGCGUGCAAAACGGCAUGGACGGCUCGCACAUGCCGUCUGGGCCGAUGGGCACAGACGAGGUGCUUUGGGGCUACGGCCUCGAGUGGGGAGGCAACCGUGUCGGCGCCGAACAGGAAGGAUGGCCCGGGCCUGGUGCGCAGGGAUAUUAA